CAUGCUCACUUCGGACGAUUGGAGGGAUUUCAAAUGCGCGUUUUACAAUUGGAUGGGGCAUGUCUUCUCUUCACAUAGCGGAGGAUGCGCUUGGGUGUUGAAACGGGGGCUUGGAGUGAGGGAGACAUCUUGAGGUCUUUUAUUUGGUUGAGUUGGGUUUUCUUGGGGAUUGGGAAUUCGUGUUUUGCAUGCAAGUCUUACGACGGAGGGAAUUGGGAUGUCACUGUUCCUUCGAUGAGUGAGUGCUAUGGCCGGCGCGAGGUUUUGGGCUUGCUUGAGUGAGUGAGCAAAAGAGAGUCGAUUUCCCUCGUGGAAAUGGAAGGAACAAGAGUAGGACUUUAUUUUCUAUUCAUUUACUUUCUUUCUUUCCUACAUUCAUUCAUUCCAAAUGUCUGUUCUCAAUAUGCACAUUAUCAUCCAUUCAUUACUGUUCCUCGCGACGGUCAUCCCAGCAGCUCACGCUUUCACGAACGGGUCCCUCAUUCCUGCGUAUUUCUGCAAUCCAAAACCAGAUGGUCUGCCGAAGAGUUUGGGCGAGUUGAUCCCGUUCACGGUUAAGGAUCAGAAUAAUGCGCUGGCGUUUAAUAGCAAUGCAUCCGCGAACUUGAACGUCGUCGCAGUCACAAACUCCCAGCCCGGAAACACAGGCUACAUGCUAGCAUCCUUCCACAACACCGUCAACCGCAUAACCCCCAUCGAACCCGGCCUCGGCGUCACCCUCGCCAACAGCACCUCCACCUCCCUAAUAGCAGGCAAACCCAACCUCCUAAUCCUCGACUCCCUCGCCGCAGGCGUCGCCCUCGACGGCGCGAUGCUGCACGCUCGCGACGCGGACGGGGUCCCCGUGGGCUCGUUCUCGGAUACGGGCGGUGUCUUUGUAGUGUUUCCGGGUUGUGGGAAGAAUAAGGAGGGCGGCUGGAAUGGGGUUGUGCAUUCGAUGGUUAUUGGGUGUAAUCAAACUUAUACGAAAUUGAGCUACCAUGCCCCGAAGUGUGCGCCGGGCCCGAUUACGUUGGGUGGGUUGUCGGUUACGGAUAAUGGGUUUGGGGUCUGGAAUAAGACGUUUGAGGUUAGCGGGUCGGAGUGUAAGACGAAUGGCACUACGAAGGCGGCGAAGGUGGUGGUUGAGGAGCUUGAGGAGGUGGGUGUUGGGAAGAGGUUUUGGCGCGUUUAGAGGGUUUGUCUGCUAGUUUAGACUUUGAGAGGGGG